AUGGUGCAGCUGCUGGCGCUGGUGUGGCGGAGGCUGCUGCGCAAACGCUGGGUGCUGGGGGUCGUCUUCGGCCUCUCCCUCAUCUACUUCCUGAGUAGCACCUUCAAGCAGGAAGACAGAGCCGUCCGAGAUCGGAAUCUCCUCCAAGUGCAAAAUGAAGACCACCCCGUUGCGUGGAAAGUGCAGUUCCAUUCAGGGAACAACAGCCAGCUGAGUAACCAGUGCAGAAAUUCCGUCCAAGGGAAGCUCCUCAUUACAGAUGAUCUGGGCUACCUCUGUGAAAGGCGGCAUGUGCUGGUGAAUGGCUGUUGCAAUGUCGAUGCCUCCAGCACGAAGCUGUACAGCUGCGACACUUGCCUGCCCAACGGCUGCUGCAGCGUUUACGAGUCAUGCGUUUCCUGCUGCUUGCAACCCAACAAGCAACGUCUCUUGGAACGUUUUCUGAAACGAGCCGCCGUAGCCUUCCGGAACCUGUUCAUGGCCGUAGAAGACCACUUCGAGCUGUGCCUGGCCAAGUGCAGGACCUCAUCGCAGAGCGUGCAGCAUGAAAACACCUACCGUGACCCCGUUGCCAAAUACUGCUACGGCGAGUACCCUCCAGAGCUCCUGCCGGUGUGAAACUGGC